AUUACGAAGAUGGUUUUUGGUUCUACUGUAAUCAAUCAAAUCAAUAUCAUUUAAAAAAUGGCUGGAGCAAAUUCAAAGGUGAUUCAACGGAUAUCUGUCCAUCAUAGAUCGUCUAACAUUGAUGGUAUUUCAUGGUCAAAAGACAACAGACUGGCAGUUGCUACAAACUCGUUUGUAAACAUAAUUAACAUCACUGGUGUACAAACUGACGAGAAAAAGAAAGAAACAAGAUUACAAAUCAAGCGAAGUGCUAUUGCUGUUGAUAACAAGCCCAAAACAACUGAUGUAGAUUUUGAUUUCUCCAUGACCAGAUCUGUGCCUUUAAGUGCUGCUCCAUAUUUCUCCACAGCAAUCUUAGACCCUGCCCUAACCCCAACGAUAUUGAAAUCUGCUUGUUAUGAAGACGUCACAUAUGCUAAAUGGUCUCCAGUUGGUUGUGAUCGUACUGGCAGGUCUGUUUUAGCUGUGCUUUUUCGAACAAAUAAAUUGGCCUUGUAUGUUGCUGACAAGCAAUCUUCUGACGGCUGGUGUGAAAUAAUGGAUUUAAGUUCCCGGCACUUUGAUGAAAUGAAACAGGGUAGUUUCUUUAAAGACAAGAUGAGUAUGAAAGGCGAGUUGCCUAGUGACUUUAGGCACAAAGUCGGCAACCAAGAUAUGUGGAAAGAAUUUUCAGAAUGGCAACGAAGAAAAUACCUUUUGAAUUUCACAUGUAUUGAGUGGUUUCCAACAACAGUGGACUGCCUACAACAAACUACUAAUGUCUGGAGAAAGUUUGCUCUUUUUUCUACCAUAGUUAGAAGUGGCCAAUUGUUUAUCUGGCAAGCACAGUUACCACUUGUGAAAAAUCAUAGCUUUAUGCACAGGACAGUGGCUGCUUACACCUCAUUGUUUUACCCUAGUUGUUUGGCAUGGUACGGAAACAACGAAUCUAAUGUCUCCUACCUUGGUUGUGGCAAUGCAGACGGCAUUAUUAAAGUAUUUUUGGUAAAGAUAACUCCUACAGAUGCUGGGAUACCAGGAGUAUCCAUUGCUAAAGCAUACAGUUUCUUUGAGACACCUGAUGGCAUCAGUGUUGACUGUAUGGCAUGGUAUUCUAAGGAUAACAAGUUGUACUUGGCUUGCUCCAAAGGUCCACAUAUAACCCUGUUUCAAACCCAGCUAAUGAAGGAAGGUGCCUUAUCUAAACCAGUUAAACAGGUUAUUACUGGUAUUCAUUUGUUAAAUGUGACUGGGAUAGCAAUCUCACCUUCAGGAAUGCUCUUCAGUACCAGUGCUGAGGGCAGUGUUCAACAGUUCCAAAUCGGAAGUCGUGUUCGCAGCACAGCGAUGGAUUGCGAGACUCUAUCUGGUCAUGGUUAUAGUGGCAUCGCCAUAUCUCCUAAUGGUGUCUUUAUUGCGCUUUUUGAAAACAAACGUAAAUUGUUUCAUUACAAGAAGAACGCCAUUGAUUCCCAAGGCGAGAUUGCCGUUAUCUCGCUUUUAUCCAAAGAGGAGAACGUUCAAGACUUGAUGUCAAACGCAUCAAGCGUUUCAGAUGUUGUUGAGAUAAGAGAUAGAUUCAUUCAUCAAGAGUUGUCCAGAGCCGAUCUUUUCGACACCGUUGUUCUACCAGCCAUUCUUAGCAACUUCUCUCAAGCCUAUCUUCAGUUUCUUUGGAACUUAUUUUCUUCUGAUCCGAAGUUUAAGAAAUACUCAGCACAUGAAGCUGUCGUGCUCGGCUCGUGUGACGACUUGGUCAGUGAAAAUCACAUCGAGUUGAAAAGCUUGUAUCGUGUUGAAAAGAUUGAAAAACAAGUAGCAACACUGUCUAUGGAAAAAGCUCUGGAGUCCAUUGUAGAAUACCACGAAGCAAAGAAGACGUCAGAGAAAUACAUUCCAGUCGCUGGAGACAUGACGGUUAAAUGUAUUUGCCGUUGGCUCGCCCAGAACAACUCUUCAAGCUCUGUGGUUGUUGAUUUGUUGGAAAAGGUGUGGUCUAUCACCAAACGUAUUACUAUGGUGAAUGACACUGAGGAGGAAUCUUGUGGAUCAAAUAUGGACAGUGAUGUAUGCAAAGAGAUACUUGAUGAUAAUGAUGUAUUUGAAAACUGCAUGUGUGGGCAACCAAUUAGGUUAAGCGAAGUGAGAUUUGGACGAUGUUCCGUUGGACACAUAUGGCCUCGUUGCUGUGUGACGUUCAAAUUACUAGAUGGUACAAACGCUCGAGUUUGCGAGAACUGCAACGCGCAUGCUCUCAACAGACAUCCAAUCAACAGCCCGUAUGAAGAAGACUGGACUAAGCAUCUCUUAGAUGUCACGUCAUCGUGUACAUAUUGUGGAGCGUGGUUUGAGGAGGUUUAAUUCAAUACAUUGUUGCAAUAACUAAACAAUACAGAUCAUGGUGCUCCAUUGGGACCAUCAGACCAUGGUUAAUGUUGUAUAUAAUUUCAUAGCGGUUGAAGAUACUAAAAGCCGAACAAAUUGUGUUUUUCCCCCUAUAUUUUAAAUGGCUCUGAAUGAUAAAAAAGAUAAACAUCGAAAGACGUAUUAAAAAGUGACAUUUUAGGGGAAAAUUUCCUGUAUUUUGCGCGUCUUUUUG